GAUGAGAAGAAUCAGAUGAUGACGACCAAUGUGUGGCUGAGACAGGAAUGGACGGAUUACAAACUGCAGUGGAGUCCGUCGGACUUCGACAACGUGACGUCCAUCCGAGUUCCCUCCGAGCUCCUCUGGGUUCCUGACAUCGUGCUGUACAACAAUGCGGAUGGAGACUUCGCCGUGACCCACAUGACCAAGGCCCAGCUGUUCCACACGGGCCGCGUCCUCUGGGUGCCGCCGGCCAUCUACAAGUCGUCCUGCUCCAUCGACGUCACCUUCUUCCCCUUCGACCAGCAGAGCUGCAAGAUGAAGUUCGGCUCCUGGACGUACGACCGCGCCAAGAUCGACCUGGAGCCCUUCGAGACCACCGUGGACCUGAAGGAUUACUGGGAGAGUGGAGAGUGGGCGAUAGUGAACGCCGUGGGCACCUACAACACCAAGAAGUACGACUGCUGCCACGAGAUCUACCCGGACAUCACCUACUACUUCGUCAUCCGCCGCCUCCCGUUGUUCUACACCAUCAACCUCAUCAUCCCCUGCCUCCUCAUCUCCUGCCUGACCGUGCUGGUGUUCUACCUGCCGUCCGACUGUGGCGAGAAGAUCACCCUGUGCAUCUCCGUGCUGCUGUCGCUCACCGUCUUCCUGCUGCUCAUCACCGAGAUCAUCCCGUCCACGUCGCUGGUGAUCCCGCUGAUCGGGGAGUACCUGCUCUUCACCAUGAUCUUCGUCACGCUGUCCAUCGCCAUCACCGUGUUCGUGCUGAACGUGCACCACCGGUCCUCGGCCACUCACACCAUGCCCCGGUGGGUUCGGAGGCUCUUCCUGUGUUCGGUGCCUCGCUGGCUGUGCAUGAAGCGUCCACAUCACAAUCUGAGGCCUGUCAGGCGAAGACGCCUAACCGAUAGGCUCCUCCCUGUCUGGACCCCUGUCCCCCCCAACAUCACAUCUACCUGGAUCCCUGAGGAGUCGGACAUCGAUCUCCAUGGUUACCAGGAGGACAUCGGUUGCCACGGCAGCCACCAGCUGGACUCCUUGGACAGCGGAGACGAAAUUCACUUCUGCAAUAUUCAUGGUUACUCAAAGCUGCCGAGGUCGGGGAUGAAGAGAAGCGGUCGUCCAAGGAUUUCCUCCCUCUCUCCACCUUCCCCUCCAUCUCUUGGUUACACCCUCCUCCCACAGAGACGCUCCACACUCACUUUGGACUGGGACACCCCCCCUGUGGAGCAUGGUUUGAUCCAGAGCCCACCCGGGGCUGCUCUGUCUCCUGCGGUGGUGUCAGCCCUGGAGGGGGUCACCUACAUCGCAGAGCACCUGAGAGCCGAGGACGCAGACGUCUCGGUGAAGGAGGAGUGGAAGUACGUGGCCAUGGUCGUGGACCGGAUCUUCCUGUGGAUGUUCAUCAUCGUGUGUCUGCUGGGGACGCUCGGACUCUUCCUGCCUCCCUGGCUCUCUGGGAUGAUUUAG